GCAUCGCCGAUGGUUAGGUAGUUAUCCAGAACAACAAAGUUGUCCAUCGUCUGCUUCGUUUACUUACCCCGCUGGCAAGUACCUAACAAUACCUUCAAUAGUUUGGUAUUUAACCCGGCGCAUCUUCUGAAGCCUGGCUCGUUUGCGUUUGCCCAUAAUCACACAACCUCUCCGUCAGAACCCCGCGCAAAUCGGUCAUGCCGCAGUCGGCACAAUCCCCGGCAAGCAUGGGGCCAAAGGCCUCGGAGAAGAUACCGAUGCUCAAUAACAUCGCGCCCAGCAUAUUUGUGCCACUACAAGACGACUUCCUUACAAUAGAGCCGCCGCGCGACCGGAUUGAGCGUCUCAAGAGGAUUCUCCAGACCAUCGACUGCCAGCGUGAAGGCGUCAAGGAAAACCUCCUCUACAUGUUCGAGCGGGAGAAGAAGCGGAUCGUGCUGGAAGCCACAGAGAUCGAGGAAGCACAGGGGCUGCCGGAUAUCAACCCGGGACUGGCCCCGAGCGAGGUUGACGAGAUCAUUGCCAACAUGGAGGCGCCGGCCAUGCCCGGUAGGGACUACAAUGUCCGGGACAUGCCCAGGCCGGGCCCCGCGCCGGUACCCCCCAACGCGUCACUCCGGGACAAGACGGUGAUGGAACUGCUCAAUAUGGUUGAGCGGGGAUUGACUGAACUGGAAGGUUUCGAGAAACACAUGGCGGGCAUCAAGGACCGCUACCUCAUCUGUCUCGAGCAGGAAAUGGCGAGGGUUGACGACGCUGGGAAGCGGCCAGAGGAGCGAUCGGGCAUCAGAAGGUUUUAGUCAUGAAUCAACAAGCUACGGUUUCCCCAAUGCAAUUAUGAACCCCG